AUGGUGUUGCAGGCCAUCAAAUACUCCAGAGGCCAGCUGGAGAUCCUGGACCAACUCAAACUGCCACACCAAGAAGAAUACGACCAUGUCUACUCGAGUACGGAUGCGUGGCAUGCUAUCAAGGAGAUGCGAACCCGAGGAGCGCCAGCAAUCGCCAUCGUAGCUGCCCUAGCCCUAGCAGUAGAGCUCGUCAACAUGAAACUCACUCCAGUAGCAGAGGAGGUCAGGGUUUUCAUCCUCGAAAAAUUGGACUAUCUGGUGACCAGCCGCCCUACUGCUGUCAACCUGGCGGAUGCAGCGCGCAAACUGAGAAAAGUAACAGAAGAUGCCGCAGUUGCUGGUGGCGCAAAUGGAGAGAGCGUGAGGGAGGCGUACGUAGCAGCAGCGGAGAAGAUGUUGAUUGAUGAUGUGAAUGACAACGAAAACAUUGGAAAGCACGGAGCGGAAUGGAUUAUGAGUAAUACAAAUGCGGGCAAAAAGGGCAAGGUUAGCAUGCUGACGCAUUGCAAUACCGGAUCUCUGGCCACAGCGGGAUACGGUACAGCUCUGGGCGUGAUAAGAUCACUGCAUGCUCAAGGCUCGUUGAAGCAUGCCUUCUGUUCAGAAACAAGGCCCUAUAAUCAAGGAUCCCGCUUGACAGCAUUCGAGCUGGUCCACGAUCAAAUACCAGCAACUCUGGUGACGGACUCCAUGGCAGCUGCUCUCAUCAGACUCAAAGGAGAAAGCGAGAAUAUCGCGGGCAUCGUCGUGGGUGCAGAUAGAGUGGCAGCUAAUGGAGAUACGGCGAACAAGAUCGGGACCUAUUCACUGGCCAUCUUGGCCAAGCACCACGGCAUCAAAUUUCUCGUUGCUGCACCGCGAACAACCAUCGAUCUUAGCACCAAGUCGGGUGCCGAUAUUGUCAUUGAGGAACGACCUGGUAAGGAGGUUACACUGGUUAAGGGACCGAGACACGACGGUGUGACGUUGGAUCUUGCUGUUGUAGAGACGGUGAGUAUCGCAGCGAACGGCAUCGGCGUCUGGAAUCCAGCUUUCGAUGUGACACCGGCAGAUUUGAUUGACGGUAUAAUCACGGAGGUGGGGGUGGUUGAGAAGGAUGGCAGUGGAGUCUUCCAUUUGAAACAUGUCUUCGAAGCAGAGGCGGGGAAGAACAAGCCGUCGACAAUUGGAGGGAUAUAG